GGCCGCGCCCGGCUGCCGUCCCAGACCAACGCAACGCAACCAAACCUUCCUUUCCAUUCCAAGUUCCAUCCCCCCCGCGAGCGAAGUCUCCGAGUCAACAACAACAUCCGGCACCGGCAGCACCGCAGCACCUACCCCAGCCAGGAUCGCUCGCGGCCGCGGCGAACCCUAAUGGUGGCGAUGGGGUUCGCGGAGGCCCUGCAGGCCUACACGGGCCUCACACCUGGGGCCGCCGCCACCAUCCUCGCCCUCAUGCUCGCGACCUACCUCCUCGUCUCCUCCCUCUUCGUCGCCCCCGCCGCUCCCUCCCCCGCGGCGCCUCCCAAGCAGCGGGAGGAGAAGGAGCAGGAGGGGGAGAAGGAUCCGAUGCCGUUCGUGUAUCCCGACCCCGUCGAGGUCGGCGAGGUCACGCUCGAGCAGCUCAGGGCGUACGACGGCAAGGACCCCGCCAAGCAGAUCCUCAUCGCCAUCCGGGGCCAGGUCUACGACGUCUCGCGCGGGAGGCUCUUUUAUGGCCCUCAGGGACCAUACUCCUUGUUUGCCGGGAGGGAUGCAACCCGGGCCCUGGCAUUGAUGUCAUUUGACCCUAAUGACCUCACUGGGGAUUUGGACGGCCUAAGCCCCGAUGAGCUGGAGGUGUUGCAAGAUUGGGAGGAAAAAUUCAAGGAGAGGUACCCGAGGGUGGGUCACCUUGCCGGUCAAGACGCAGCCGGCAGUGACCGCAUCGCCGCCCAGCCUGACCAUGGGGAAGAGGACGCCUAACUCCAUCGCCGGUUUGUCUCGUCCUCUGUUUUCUUCUUACUGGAUCCCAGGCGGUAGAUCUGAUGCGCUCACUAGUCACUAGUAGGUGACGUUGCUCUCGUCAUCGCGUUCUGUAUGUAUGUGUGACUAAUGUACCUGCCCUGCCCGCUUUAUUUUUUGGUGCCUAAUGGAUUAGGGGAAAGUUUUGAGUGGCAAAAAUAACUCGAGGCUUGAGGAAAGGAAACAGCCCAUGUUCAGCUCAUGUGUAUAUCAGUGCGUGAUUUGUGUCAUUAUUUGAGGCUUUUGGUGUUCAUGUAACAAACAACGAUCCUGCUGUCAAGCUAAAGCACCAUGAUUUGCCAACCCACA